GCUUUCUGUACUUCAUUCUGAAUUAAUCCGAUCAGAACAUAAUACAGUGUAAUAGACGACAAGAGAUACACAAAAUUUUUGUUUACAUUAAGUGAUAUCCACCAUGAUCAACGUGGAUACUUUGUUGGAGUCCGGCAUUGGUUACUCGCAAGGACUUAACUCACCUAUGAAUGAAAAUACUGACAUGCAGUCGGGCUGGCAUGAUAUAGAGAGUCUAUCCAUGAUGUAUCAAGACAACACACCAUACGAAAAUGGCAUGCUGCAGGCUCUAGACCAAAUGAGAACGACAAAUAUGCCAGGAAAACAAGAGACUCAAGACCCUGCAGGAAACCGAUCUCCCUGCGAGUUAAACGACGCUUAUGAUGAACUGCUGGAUUAUGAUUUUAUUCUUGCAAACACCGUUGAAAGUUUAUAUUCCGAAGAAAACUGUUUGAAAAUCAAACAAGAGCAAUCUCAACCAAACCUGAUUACUGGCGAUCCAUUACCAGACUUUCAUUCUACCUUCUUAGAUAUUCCUGAUAUUAAAUUUGACAAUGCUGUGAACAAUAGUCUGCCAUCCGAAAUGGAAACAAUGAAAAUGGACUUCAAUAAAUACAUUGUUCCAAAACAAGAAUUCGGACAUGCAACUGUUUCUAGUUCUUGUGCAUCAUAUAUGGGCAAUAAAUCCCCCGUGAUGACUAUGCCCAGACUGACCUGCAAUGCUACCCCUGUGUCAACUCCACAUCAACAGAUGCAUUAUCCAGUUAACAUUCCUAGCAAUAUGUCCCCACCAUCUUCUCCAGAAAUGCAAAAUGAUCUCCCUAAAUACCGCGCGCCUCUUCAGAUGCUGCAACAGCAACAACAGAGUCACUUCCAUCGCAUGGCUCCACAGCAAAUCCAUCCCCUUCAGAAUCAGCAAUACAUGAUGAACACUAAUCCAUACAUGCAGAAAAUGCAACAACAGCAUAUGCUGCAGGUCCCACACCAGAUGAUUACACCACCAUCAUCCCCCCAACUCGUAGACUUGUUACUGCCACCACCGACCGUGGAUUCAUCUGCCGCCCAACCAAAGAAAAGGGGCCGAAGAACCUGGGGCCGAAAACGCCAAACCAGUCAUACUUGCACUCAUCCUGGCUGUAGUAAAACUUACACCAAGAGUUCCCACCUGAAGGCUCACUUGCGCACCCAUACAGGUGAAAAACCGUACGCAUGCACGUGGAAAGGAUGCGGAUGGAAAUUCGCUCGCUCUGAUGAACUUACAAGACAUUACAGAAAACACACGGGCGAUCGUCCAUUCCAGUGCCAUCUCUGCGAAAGAGCCUUCUCAAGAAGUGACCACCUGUCACUGCACAUGAAGCGACAUAUUUAAGAACUUGCCGCUCUAAAAACUGUCCGGCAAUGAAGCCAUACAAGGCUGUAAUAUGAUCCAUUGUAGACUUAACCUUUCCGUUGAUUUGACUGCAAACAAAAUUGCUUUUAGGUUUGACAAAGCAAUAUGCAACGAAAUUUUGCAUACUUGUAGUCAAAAGGUUCAAGUCGUUGGUCGUAAUUUUCCAAAAGACCGGCUGGACCGUUUUGGAAAUGCGACGCUGCAAGUGCUGUUCGCUCCGAGUGGCCACAACGCAGGGGAAGACGAAACGUAAAAUAUAAAAUAUGAACUGUUUUUGUAUAAAACAAAAGUAUUUGAGACAGUUGUUCUUUUAUUAAGAGCAUAGCCUUUAUAUAUUGCUAUGCAACUGCCACCAACCCACCGUUAACUCAAUCUUCUUUAUCUUAGGUUUACUUACUGGCAGCGAAAAUAUUGUCAUUAUCAAUCAAGAGUGCAAUUUUGCCUUUUGUGCCUGGUUUGCACAUUGAACGACUGGUUUCGAAUGAAAUUACUGUAGAUCUUUUUUAUGAUCAUUUUUUUUUAUAUUUACGCAAUUGCAUAUACUCGAUACUUAAUUCUUAAUGAAAAGCCUAAUUGAGAUUUCCGAAAUUAUGCUUAAUACGACACACCUGUAAUACCUAUAUACAAAAUGAAAUAAAUGUUUGUGUUCAUCGAUUUGCUUCCUAUGAAAAUCGCAGAAAACCACUUGUUAUUAUCCGUUGGUGCUUAUAUAGAUAUAUAUAUAUAUUAUCUGAUUCACUGUUAAUUUAUUUUGUUGUAUAUGUAACAUACACACUAGUCAAUUUAUUCUAAUAUUGUUACCGACAGUGCCAUGCGAAUUCCCCAGCUGGUCUGGGAGGGUUGUUUCCAUACCUGUUAUUUAUUUUGAUGGUACUAAAUAAAAACGUAAGAAAUCAAA